AUGAUUAAACAUCGAGAUUCAUUACUUUUGGAAGGUCUUCAAAUAGUUAGUCUAUGUUUAGUUUGGUAUGGUGUAUCAGCAGCAGGCAAUGUUAUUGUAAAAGAAUUACUUAAUGAAUUUCCAUUUCCAUUAACAGUUACACUUGUACAACUUUUUAGUGUUUGGAUUUUAAGUAUUCCACUUCUUCGUAUAUGGAAAGUUCCAUCGCCUGAUUAUCUUUAUCAAAAUCGAAUUUAUUAUUUCAAAAUUAUUAUUCCUUUAUCAGUAGGCAAAUUUCUUGCACAAUUAUCAUCUCAUGUUAGUCUUUGGAAAGUACCUGUUUCAUAUGCUCAUACAGUCAAAGCAACAAUGCCUCUAUUUACUGUGUAA